GAGUGAAUGAGGUCCAAGCUUCCCCAAGCUCUUGGAGAAGUGAGAUGUUACAGAGCUUGGAGAGAGCUCCGUUCGUCCUUGUUGACUCGAUAGCUGCUGACAAGGGCAUGUAUCAGCCCCUCGAGGAUAGAAACCAGAAUGGAAACGAUUGCACUGUGCCUUUCUCACGUUGGUUCCAUGAAUUACAGCACAGGAAAUGAAACAAGAGCGGGAUAAAGGCAAUAGCAAACAAACAAAAGGACCCAGUUCCCGGCGAUUAUGAAUUUCCGAGACACUUCCACCCAGCUCUGAGUCUGGGCUACAAUGAGAAAGUCCUACGUCACAUAUUCGGCAAAGCUGUUUGUUUGCCCAGCCACUUGGACGGAAGUCAACUGGCGUCCCCAAGCUCUCCCUCCCUCUCUCAAAGGCUGGGGCCAUUCCCCCGCCUUUCUCGUUUUGUUACACUUCUUUCUCCUCUUGUUCCUUGGUACUAAGACGGGAGAGGCAAAACCCAAAUCCGAAAAGCCAACAGCCAUCGAUGCUUUCCGGGUACAUACCUGAUAAACUCGGCUAGCUCUCUCUUGAUUGGACGCACGUCUGUUGCGCGUCUUGGUCGCCCUGAUCGGACUUGAUCUGGUGGUUCGCAUGCAGCCAGAAGCUUUUGCCUUGCAGCGUAAUAUGGCAAGGUAAGGUAGGUAGCUUACCUCCGGGUAGCUUGUCCACACCAUAGCUGGGCCACCCAAUCCAUCCUUCGAUGACAGGCUCGUGGGACUGUACUUCUGGGCGUCGCAUUGUUUCCUUGCAUUUUCAUGUAUUCAUACACGAGUCUCGUUAGUGAUGUCCGUAUAUAGUGCCAUGGAGUGUAUCCAGUGAUGAUGGGAUGACUGUGACAGCCGCAAUUGGCUGGAUUGAGAGCUCUCACACAAGCUCUCGGGCUGUCUAUCGCUCCAUUGUUACUGUAGCUGUUGGUCUCGCCCGCCAGCUCCUCUCCUCUCGCUCUUGUGUAGUUCGCACACGCAGCCUCUCCCACCCUCUUCCGUUCCCACUCCCCCUGGAUCUCUUUCUCUCUCCCUCUCUUCUAUUCUUGCUUUACCUAGCUUCUCUAUCUCGUGCUGUGCCUUGUCUACCCUUAAAACCCUCCUCUGCCCCCGGAGAGAAGCGCCCUGAUCUCCUGAACUUGUCAAUCGCAUUUUACAGACUCCCAUACAUCACACAGACCAGCAACUAUCACCAUGUCCCGCAAGAGAAAGCAAGACGAGGAGGAGGAGGAGCUCGUCUCCCUCCCUGAAGACGAUGAUGGUGAGGAGGAGGAAGAGUACGUCUCCACCGCAGACGAAGAAGAGCAAAGCGAAGAAGACGAGGACGCUGAGGAGGAGGAGGAAGAUGAAGAAGACGACGAAGCUGAUGCAAAGGCCGAGCCUCCUGUGAAGAAGCGCAAGACGGCCGAGGCAGACACCAAAGAGACCAAUGGCGAUGCCGAGGAGGAGGAGGAGGAAGAAGAAGAGGAGGAAGGCGACGAUGCCGCUGAAGCUGAAGGCGACGAGGAGGACGCCGAGGGCGACGAAGACACUGCUGAUGUCUCUGCCCCAGCCAAGGAGGGCGUCAAGCCUGUUGAGGCGCCUGCUGCUGCUGCUACCGAGACCCCAGAGCCCAAAGCGGUUACAGCUGGUGGUGACGAGUAAUACCUACGAGGCGACUCGUUUAUCGUAUAGCAAUUCGUUCCCUUUACUCCAUAUAUCUUUCAACGCAUUGAAAUUACCUCUGGAUAUUGUUGCUUGGAAGUGUCACUAUCUCUGAGUUGUGCCAUGGUUGAGUGUAGGUUGAUUUGGGUGAUGGUGUUUGUGAAGUCACUUAUUCGUGAUACCGCCCUCCUCCUGUGUACCUUUCCUUCAUUAUCCCCUUUACUAACAAGUCAGUAUCAUAUUCAUGAUCAUGCACCCGAGCACACACAGAUCUAGCCAAGGCAGAUCAGAUCUUGAUCUUAAUCUUGAUCUACCCACGCACGCAGUGUCCACUUACCGAUCUACCCAUUUAGAUAAAGUUUUGGAAAUAAACAUCGAGACGUUCUCUUUUUCCCAGGGGGGAUGUCAUGAAAAAAAGACGCAAAACCCCUGCCAUGGUGUUGUAAUUGGUUCAGAAGGCAUGGGGGACUCCGCAACGGGUAGGGCUGAGGGAAGGUUGAGGGUUUGGCUGACGGUCAUGAUGUUUAUUCUUGGGGUUGAUAGGGGGUGUUGUCGUAGGAGACGUAUAUUUUCUUGGGUGUCUAUGGUACGUAGGUAGGAUGAUCUUGUGAGGGCGUUGUGAAGGAGAGGAUUGAGCAGAGACAUUGAGGAGUUGUACUUGAGAGGGAAAGGAAGUGUAUGAAACAAAUAGAGUUACAAAACUAUUUGAAAGAGACAAUAUCUUCUCAAUGGCUGCUGGCCAGUUGUCGAGGGUACAGCACAGCACUUGAGAGUUGAACUUUCAAGCCGUUGAUCUCUCAGCUGAC